AUGCCACAAUCACGAGAUGAAUGGUGCCUCAGGCGGAAGGCACAUGCUUUUUUACACGGCAUUGUUCUAGGUCUCAAGGAUAAUAUGUGCACAUGCUCACACCGAAUUUUGUUAAUGGGAUAUGAUCACACGGCUGGCGCUUGA